AUGGAGCAAACACAUGAAACGGAAGAGGCCGGGGCUGGCGCAAAGGCCGAAGCAAAGCCAGAGAGGCCGCAUGGGAGCAUGACAGGCGAGCAUACUUCGGCUCCCUCUGGUAGUGACGACGUCAGUAGCGACGACGGCGCCAGCGACCAUGGCGGUGAAGCAAACUUGGUCGAAUGCAAGGUGGACGGCUGUCAUGAGGUCAUUGAUCUAGCAGGAAUGAUGUAUCAUCUCGAUCUGCACGCUGCCCUCGACUGUCAAGAAGACGGACAUGAAGAUGGGCAUGUGGACGAGCCGGCCGAGGCCGACGGCGAUGCCAGCGAGCCAGAGGCCGAGUCUGAGGCGGAAGGCAGAGCCGAGAGGAAGGUCAGGGGUAACAGUCAAAAGCCACCGCAUUCUUCGUCUAGCUACAAGAGCUUCAAGAGCCCCAAGAGCUCCCACGCCGAAAACCGCGCAUCGGUCCGAGUCUCCUCCCGACGGAGAAACACCGGGGGGUCUUCUCACGAGGCCAACGCGAAUCGUUCUGUCGACGUGACGGCCGAUGGAAAUGCCGACGAGCGGCGGCGACGGCACAGCCAGCAUGCGAAACAUGGACACAAAUCUCGUCCACGAGCGCACACGGUAGAUGGCAUUGCAAGUCAUGUGGACAACGACGAGCAUCCGCGCGACCGCCAUCGAGAGCGUCGCGACAGGGAGAGAACCCACGUUCACAGCCGAGAUCACCGGCGCAUACACAGCCACGAACACGAUCGCGAGCACGAGCUGGAGACCAUGACGGGAACAGGCUCGCCAGGACCGAUGGCUCGCAGGUUUUCCCGGUCAUCGCGCCCGUCUUGGUGGCCGUUCCGAUCUGUUUUGGAGCACAGGCGGGACAUGUCGAUAGGAAAGAGCCGACGGCCGGUUUCGGUUUCGUCGAAAGUCAAAGACAGCAGCGGCGGGACCGCAGUCUCGACUGCAGCAGUGCCGGCAAAACCAAAGCAGCGUCUCGGUAAGGCCGAGCUUGGCCGUUACGCCCACGAAGAACGCAUGCCAGACUGGCUUGCCGUCUACCUUAAGAAGGAGUGGGGAGUGUGCCACAACGGAGUCAUACCGGUGUUGAAGCAGCUGCUUGAGCAGAGUCCGACGACGGAGUACGCAUACCUCUGCGACCCGUGUGUGACACAUGUGUCCCGGUUGCAGAAAGAAGGUGGAUUCUGUGGAUAUCGCAACAUCCAGACGAUGGUGUCCUACGUUGUGGGAGCCAAGUUUCCUGGCUACAACCUGUUUGGGGACGACCUUCCGAACAUCUUCGAUAUCCAGAACAUCAUCGAGAAUGCAUGGGACAUGGGUAUCAAUGCGAGCGGACGCGUGGAAACCGGUGGUAUCCGCUGGACGCGCAAGUACAUUGGAACGCCGGAGGCGAUGGCUAUGUUCCGGAGCCUCAACAUUCCGUGCAACGUGCAGGCGUUCAACCACCGCAAGACGGGGCGAGCAGCGGAACUGAUGCUGCGCGAAGUGGAACGAUACUUUGAGACGGGAAAAUACCGAAUGGGCCGCAAAGUGCGAGCGACCUCGCUGCCGCCGAUCUACUGGCAGCACCCGGGCCACUCGCUCACGAUUGUCGGCAUCGAGAAGACUACGGCGGGACAGACGAAUCUCCUAGUUUUUGAUCCCAUCUUCAAGGACGGCUCGCCUAUUGUGCGGCUGAUUGGCCGCCAGCGAUUCGAAGCGCGCUAUCCCGACAAGCUGCUGCAGCUGUACCGACGAGGGCCACGAUAUCUCGGCCGUUUCAAGGCGUUUGAGCUGCUGAAGCUUGAUCCGAGAGCAGAAGACGUCGUGCAGCUCGACGGUGACGAAACUCCUGGUCCCAGCAGCCAAUAA